AUGACGCCCACGCGGUACAAAUCUCUUCCAGCCCUGGGGAUCGAGCUCGAGGGCCAGAGAACCGCCUUCUAUCCUGGAGAUGCCAUCAUCGGAACAGUUCACCGAAGUGCGCCCAUAGUCUGCACUGAAGCUACAAUUGAUAUCGCGUUUCAUGGACGAACCAAAUCCAGAAUGGAGAUGGUGAACAGCCCCUGUGAUGGCACAUACCGCGGCCGCUUCACCCUUCUGCACCAAACCCAGAGUGUUUUCGCCGGCCCUAUGCAUAUCCCAGGAGGCAGUCCCAAGCAGAAAGAGUGGCCGUUUGCGAUCCAGAUACCUCAGAACAUCGACGCACGCCUGUUUCACCGGCAGUACGAUGCAAAGAAAUCCUUUAUACCGACAGACCCUGCUUGCGUUGGCAACCAACCACUUCCAGCCUCCUUCUACGGGAGGGAGAGAGUAGGAGAGAGUAGGAGGUCGCGCAACGACGGAAGAUGCCAGACCCGACAACUCAAUAAAAGGGAUGCUCCCUUCUUCUACGACGGCUAUGGCGACAAAGAGGGCUUCAUCGAGUAUUACAUCGAGGCUACCCUUCGUUAUCAAAGAAGGGGCUCUUGGCAUGAGGUGACGGCCACGAUGCCCAUCCAAAUCCUGGCCUUCAACCCGAAUCCUCCAGUGGUGGAUUUUCACAUGCAGCGUACUUCUCGCCUGGGGUUGGUCUGCACACAGCGCCUCGUUCCCGGAAUGGAAAAUGCGGAGCUAUCAAAGAUAGAGAAGAUGAAGAAAUUAUUCGGUGCCAGGUCAGUACCGGCAUUCUUCUUCAGGCUGAACGUGGACCUGCCGUCUGUAAUACAGCUUGGCCGCGAUCCGAUCCCCGUCUUGAUGCGCUUCGUACCAGACUGGCCAAAUACCAGUGAAAUCAUCAGAAACGUGCCGCAAAAGGCGACCCUUGUCGCCUUCAAAGUCAAGCUGGAGUCCUGGUGUGGGAUUAGGUGUGACGGCCGUGUCCGCGCGCACGACACGAACUGGAGAGAGAAGCUGUAUCUGCAGAGCGAGGCGAACGCAGGCCGUAGAGUCGCCGUCGGGAUCCCAUGCUCAGACAAGACAUCACCUACAGACGUUGGCAGGGCACUUAAUAUACGAAUCGGCGGGUAUGUGGGUACUCAUUCGGUCUUUCAUGAUUUCACCAUGUUCAACGUCAAACUCAGCCAUCAAUUUUCAUGGACAGCCAAAGUCGAAAUUGCGGGUGAAGAGUGCACCCUUCACGGGACGCAACCGGUCAAGGUUUUGCCACAACCCAGUGACAGGAGACCGAGAGGUUUAGCACAAUCACAGUCUGCCACAGCUCAUAGGGCAGAGUCAUGGACGGCACCGCCUGCUGAUAUGGAGCCUCUGCCGACUUUUGCAGAAGUUGAGAGAGUUGAUAAGGAGCAAAGCAUUGCUCAUGCUCAGACAAUGCGCAAAGGAGCUGUGACUUCGGCCAAGAGCGGAUAA